AUGCAAAACGUCCCUCACACCCCCUCCGUGGGGUCUCUCAUCCGCGAGUCCAUAACCCGCGCCGCCCCCUACGACACCCGCCCGCCUUCCCCUCCCACAGUCGACAUCCCCGCCACGCGCGCUGUAGGCCGUAACUCCGUCCUCAUCGCCCCUUCCCCGCGCAACCUCGACCCCGCCCUGUUUGAUCUCAACUCAGAUUACGCUUCAAUCAUCACUCACGGCUUGCGUCCACAGGAAGCGCUUGACCAGGCUUCAGACUGGGAGUACACAGCCCGCCGCAGUGCCCAGAAAAUUAUCGACCCUUCGCUUUACUUGGGUCCGUUGAGCGUGGUGAGGGACAGGGAGUUUAUGAAGGGGGAAGGGGUGACGAUGGUGGUGAGGACAGACGGGCAAGGGGUUCCGCCUGUUCCGACGCUGGGACCGGCAGCCAAAAAGGUUACUGAGGAACUUGGGGUUCAAGUGGAAGCGGUGGGGGUUGGUGGGUUGCAAGGGCUUAUCAGGGAGUUUCCGAAGUUGAACGAGAAGAUUGCGAGGCACUUGGUCGCAGUACACAAGAGGAGUCUUGGUGCCCAGCAGGGAAAAGUGCUGGUGUGUUGCGAGACAGGGAAUGAUCGGUCGGCAGCGGUGGUGGUGGCUUACCUGGUUGAGGUUUGGGGCGUGGGCUUGAUUGAGGCGCUUAGGUUCGUGCUGUACAGACGGUUUUGCGUGGCGUGGGAUGACGAUACGAGGAGGUAUCUCAAGAACUAUGAGGAUAUUUUGAUGGCGAAGAGGGCGCGUUGGCAGGAUCAGGAGGCCAAUGACAGGGACGCCGCCGCUGCUGCGGAUGAGAGCAGGAUGAACAAGUUGAAGAGACAAUUGGCGAGUGUCGGCUUCGAUGAUGAUAGUGACGAUGAAGAUGAGGAGAUAUGGGGCAACUACAAGGGCGCCAGCUCGUCGUCUGAAGAGACAAUCCAUCAAGCGCGGGGGAGGAACUUUGCACCCUUUCUGGAUCUGCCUCCCCGUGGGGCGGAACACAGAAACAACGAGGGAGAAAACAGGCCAAGCUAGCCUAUGGCUUUGAGCG